AGAGCUACUUCUGCAGAACAGUGACUCACCUGCUGACAGUCAUGAAGAAGUGGGCAGGGCUGCAGGGCAGAAUAUGAGAACAGUGAAGGAGGAGGCCAAGAGAGAAUUUUCUUUUGGCCCCCUGGAGAUGUUUAAAGAGGAGAGUAUCACUCUGCCGGAGGUGAAACACUGCAGAGAGGCUGGUGAGAGGGGGGAAGAGAGCUGAGAGACUGAACAUGGAGGACAGGGAUAUGGCCUGGGUUGCUCUCGGACUCUCUUUUCACAUCACCCUUUUUCUUACUAUUCUGAAAACAGGAUGUGCCACUGAAAAUGAUGGCAUAAUGCUGGGAGCUACAGCCCCAGGAGAUUUCAUCAUUGGAGGAAUCUUUCCCAUUCAUGAAGAUGUAGCCAAGAAGUAUGACUCCUUUGCACCUCAGCCACAGCCGUGUGUCAGGUUUGAAGACAGGCGCCUGACAAUGGCUCUGGCCAUGAUCAACACCAUGGAGGUCAUGAAUAAGUCCCCUCUACUGACUGCAAUCAACAUCACUCUAGGUUACCGGAUCCUGGACUCCUGUUCUGAUGUCAGCACAGCUCUGAGAGCCACCGCGGAUUUCAUGCAGCAGACCUACUGUCACACAGGAAGCAGCGCCCCCACCUGCAGCCCACCUGUCAUGGCUGUUAUAGGCGACUCUUACUCUGAUACAUCCAUUGCCAUCGCCAGGCAGCUGACACUCAAGAUGAUUCCUCAGAUCAGUUACUCAUCAACUGCUGUCACUCUGAGUGAUAAGGCCCGUUUUCCUGCCUUUCUGAGGACCAUUCCUAAUGACAGGCAUCAGAUAGCUGCCAUGGUCAGUCUGCUCAGCACCUACAGCUGGAACUGGGUGGGAAUAGUUAUCACAGAUGGAGAUUAUGGCCGAUCAGCUCUUGACCACUUUGUUUCCCAGGCUGCUGAAAAGGGAAUCUGUGUGGCUUUCAAAAUAAUUCUACCUCAGUCUGUGACCAAUGAGGAUGUCUGCUCUGUGAUCACACAAACUGCCAAAACCAUCCGCAAGAAUCCUAAGGUACAGGUCAUUGUGUCAUUUGCCAAGGCAACUCACAUGAAGCACCUUUACCAGGAGCUGAAGAAUCAGACGCUGAGAGCAGGAGAGAGCAUGGAGUCCAUGAGAAGAGUCUGGGUCGCCAGUGACAGCUGGUCCUCCUCCAGCUCUGUGAAAGGAAACUUAACUCUGAAAGACAUGGGACACAUUGUGGGAUUCACCUUCAAAAGUGGGAACUUGUCGUCAUUCCUUGAGUACCUGAACAGGCUGGAGGCAGGUGGACAUGAAUACACGGGGAACAACUACUUUCUGCAGGAGUUCUUCAGGCUGCUAAAUACCAGUAAAGGUUUUGGGGACACUGAGUUGGUGUCUGAAGGUGUGAACAGGCUCAGGGAACAAUCUCAUGCUGACACUGUCUUCAGUGUUGAGAUGGCUGUGAGUGCCAUUGCUCAGGCUGUGGCAUCGAUCUGCAGGAGCAGAGACUGUAAAACACCAGACACAGUGCAACCCUGGGAGGUGCUGACGGUUCUGAGGAAGCAGGAAUUUAAACUCAGAGGAAAGAGUUAUAAGUUUGACAGCAAUGGAGACAUCAACCUGGGCUACGAUGUGAUGAUGUGGAGGUCAGAUGGAGAGAACAUCCACAUCAGUGAUGUUGUUGCUGAGUACGACCCACACACCAACACCUUCACCCACCCCAACCGGAGCACCACCCAACAGUUCCUGGACCUGAAGAACAUCAUCUCAAAAUGCUCUAACAGCUGUGUCCCUGGAGAGUUCAAGAAAACAGCUGAGGGUCAACACACCUGUUGUUACGAGUGCAUUAACUGUACUGAGAACUACUACUCUAAUAAGACAGAUAUGGACCAGUGUCUGAGCUGCGACACAGCCGCAGAGUGGUCUGCUGAAGGCAGCUCCAGCUGCACCCCCAAAACCCUGCUUUUCUUCUCCUGGCAGGACGGCUUUGCUGUGGUGCUCCUGACCUUCUCCGCCCUGGGCAUUGUCCUGGUUCUGAUGGUGUCAGCUCUGUUUUUACAUCAGCGUGACACUCCUGUAGUGAAGGCUGCCGGGGGGCCGCUGUGCCAGGCCAUCCUCUUCUCUCUGGUCAUCAGUUACAUCAGUGCCAUGCUAUUCGUGGGCCGGCCCAACAGUUUCCAGUGUAAGGCUCGACAGGUGCUCUUUGGCAUCAGUUUCACUCUGUGUGUCUCCUGCAUCCUAGUCAAGACCCUGCAGAUCCUGCUGGCUUUCCAGUUCAACCCUGAGCUACAGGAGGUUCUGCAGAGACUCUUCCAGCCUUAUGUCAUCGUCAGCAUCUGUGUGGCCUUGCAGGUAGUUACCUGCAUCUGCUGGCUAGUCCUCAAAAGCCCAUUUAAUCAAACCAUCAGGCACCCAACCACUCUGCUGGAGGACUGUCACGAGGGCUCAUACUUGGCCUUUGGGGUGAUGUUGGGUUACAUAGCUGUCCUAGCUUUUGUGUGUUUCAUCUGUGCCUUCAAAGGACGCAAACUUCCAGAGCACUACAAUGAAACAAAGUUCAUCACCUUCAGCAUGCUGCUCUACCUCAUCUCCUGGAUGCUCUUUGUUCCCAUCUACGUCACCACUACAGGAGUCUACCUGUCCGCUGUAGAGAUGGUGGUCAUCCUCAUCUCCAACUAUGGCAUCCUCAGUUGUCAUUUCUUCCCAAAGUGUUAUAUAAUCCUUUUUAAGAAGGAACAAAACACCAAGACUGCUUUCAGGAAAAAUCUGUAUGAAUAUUCAAACAAAGUGACAGAGUCUGUCUCUGUGUCUGGGAGUUCACUGUCAGAGCGACAGUCCAGCGGUCAGCACUUCAACAUCAGUGCUUUGUCGCUCUCUGUACCUGCAGAUGAUCAUCUCAAACCUGCUGAGGAGACAAACUGCAGAGACACAACCAGCUGCACGGGUUUACACAGAGGUUCAGUGACACAACGCUGCCUCAGGAGAAGCACCAGCAUAUAACUGUCAUUAUUUAUAAGGAACUCUGUGUUUCUAAAGAUUCCAUUUUAUCUGGCUGCCCUGGCUUCAGUAAAGAUGGUAGAAGUGAGGGAGUAGCUGUGGUUUUAGAGGAACUGAGUUGCUGCCAUGUUGGCAUAGUGAGGUGAGGGGCGUCCAGCAUCAAUCAUCUGUGUGUGAUGGUGAGAGAAAACAAGGUUGAGAAACUCAGACACUGUGAGAAUGCUGUGUGAGGACAUUUAGGAAUGUGGAAGAACUAACAAAUUUCUAGACACAUAGUCAGUGCUUGAUUUCAUGAAUACCUGCUCAUGAAGUCAGGCUGCCUAACACUGUCACUUUUAAAGGAUUAGUAUGAAUAAGUUUAUAGUGUCUAACCUUGGAGAAAUGUGAUUCAUAGACCUCUGAAAUGCCUUCUCUUCCUCCAGCCUGACACCAUGAUGGUCAAUGGGACCUUUUUGUGCUGCCUAAAUCAUUACCACAUUACACAAAAGUAACAUGGAUAAGUACAUUUCAGAGUGAAAGUUAAGUUGUAAGGGAUGAACCUUAUGUCAAUAUUAAAAUGCAAGACUGUCAACAAUAGAAACCAAACCCUUUUUCAAUAACACUAAAUAUGGUAUAACUCAAAAAAAAGAAAAAAAAGAGACCCAAACUAUUUAAAGAGCUUUAUUCAUUAUAAAAUUUUAAUAUGAACAGAUAAAUUAACAUUUGUAGAUAUUACUGUAAACAAUAAAAAUGUGGUUCCUGUUUUGAUUUUUUUGUUUUUUGUUUUCCAGUUACAGGGUUUAAACAAGAUUAAUUUCUGAGAGAAGAAAUUACACAUUUUCAUGUUUUUUUUAAAAAAAGCAAUAAAAUACACACCUCAAUUCAA